AUGGCGAUCUCUGCUCCGCCGCUGCUUCUCCUCCUCCUCCUCUCUCUUCUCGCAGUCACCUCCUCCGCCCGCCCCUGCAGAACUUUUUUCUACUUCUCCGCCACAACCAAGACGAUCUCCACCACCUAUUAUCCCCACCACUCCCUCCCGGCAAACCCUAACCCCAAUUCCGCCCAAAAUCCCCACUAUGUCGCCUUCAUCUUCACCACCACCACCACCCACAAACCCUUCUCUUCCCACCGCCCUUCACUCAAUUUCAAAUCCGAUCUCUCCUCCAGCGCCGAUUCUCACUCAUCCCCAGCGAUGACGUCAUCCGGUUUCCCCCUCAAUUUCUAUUCCACCGUUUCGAGCUCCAUUCGCGACCGCACCAAGGAUAUCCUGAGCGUGGUGGGCGCGCUGCUCUUCGGCGUCGGCUGCGGGGCCCUCACCGGAGCCCUGAUGUACUUCCUGUGGGCCCUCUUCUUCCCCAGCCGUUUCGAUUUCGACGAUCUAUCUGACGAUGAGGAGGAGGAGGACGUCGCCGCGGCGAAGAAGAAAUUGGGAUACGUUGCGAUUCCUGCGAUUGCCGAGAAUCAUGCGCCGCCUGCUAAGGAGGUGGUUUGA